CUAUGUUAAAGGUUGGAUGAUUGCAUGGUGUUGUUUCGUGAUAUGCUACAGUUUUUUGGUGCUCUGUAUACAUUCUCGCGAGAAUACGCAUGCGCCUUUAACUAGCAGUGUUGAGCGGGCGAUUUCGCGGGAACUGCUCCUGACAGGACCUUAAACGAGUUUAUUUUGGACAUUUUUUGUAUGUGCGGGACAUUUACGCUAACUACUGACAAUUAAGCCAACACAGUACAAGCACAGUCAUGUUCUCCGAGCUGAGCGCCCAGAAGCAGGGCUCCUCUCUGCUCUCUCGCCCUGCCUCAGAUGACCCGGGUUCGGUGUUUGAGAGGAUGUCUCUGGCCUACAGUUCCUGCUCUGAGAGCUACAGAGUCGGUGAGCGGAGUUUCAACCGGCAGUAUGCUCAUAUUUACGCAGCACGACUCAUGCAGAUGAGGCCAUUGCUGUCAGAGAGAGCCCAGCAGAAGUGGGGGUCUGAUGUGCAUAUCAGGAAGCUGUGUGAUCUCCAGACAGGGGAGCAGUGUUGCAUUGUGGGUACCUUGUUCAAGCGUAUGGACUUGCAGCCAUCUAUUCUGAGAGAGAUCAGUGAUGAGCACAACCUGCUGCCUCAGCCCGCACGAGCCAAAUACAUCAGUGAAACAGACGAGCUGAUUCUGGAGGACGAGCUGCAGAGGAUCAAACUGGAGGGCAAAAUUGACAGAGAUAAGUGUGUCACAGGUAGUGUUAUUGCAGUAUAUGGAGCAGAGAAGAAUGAUGGAAAGUUCACAGUUGAAGACUUUUGCUUGGCUGAUCUUCCUCCACAGAAGCCGAGACCUGCACUGAGCUCUGACAGGUUUGUGCUCCUAGCUUCAGGACUUGGCCUCGGCAGCAGUCACGCCGACAGCAUGCUGGGGCUACAGUUGCUGGUUGACAUGGUAACUGGUCAGCUGGGUGUCCAGGGGGAGCAGAGUGGGGCAGCGAUGAUCUCUAGAGUCCUUUUAGCGGGUAACCUUCUGAGCCACAGCACACAGGACAAGGAUGCAUCAACAAAGGCAAAGUACCUCACUAAGAAGACUCAGGCUGGCAGUGUGGAGGCGAUGCGUUUACUGGAUGAGCUGCUCUUGCAGCUGGUGGCCUCAGUUCCAGUGGAUUUAAUGCCAGGCCAGUAUGAUCCCACCAACUACACCCUCCCACAGCAGCCCCUCCACCGCUGCAUGUUCCCCCUGUCCUCUGUGUAUCCCACACUACAGCUAGCCUCUAAUCCACACCAGGUUAACAUCGAUGGAGUAAGGUUCCUGGGCACAUCUGGCCAGAAUGUAGGCGACAUCCAGAAGUACAGUAGCAGAGACAGUCACCUGGAAAUCCUGGAGGAAACACUACGACUCAGACACCUGGCCCCUACUGCACCUGAUACUCUAGGUUGUUACCCAUUCUACCAAAAAGACCCUUUCAUUUUGGAAGAGUGUCCCCACAUUUACUUCAGCGGCAAUGCCCCAGUCUUUGAGUCCAAGCUCAUUAAAGGUCCUGAUGGCCAGGAAGUCCUUUUGGUGACGAUUCCAGAGUUCAGCAGCACCCAAACUGCAUGUCUAGUAAAUUUACGCGCUCUUGAAUGUGAGCCAGUCAGUUUCUCUGCUUUCUCUGCUGAUGAGGAUGAGGAAAGUGAGAUGAACAUCAGCCACUGAGGGGUCAAAUCCUCUAAGGAUACAUGCUGACACUUCUUGGGCACUAUUGAGAUGCAUUAAGAAUAAGCUCUCCUCUGACCAUAGACGGGCCAAAUAUACUUAGAUACGUCUUGUAACACUGAUGCUGUAAAAAGUCAGAGGUCAUGGGAUUGCUGUCAAGAAGAAAUCAGUGUCAACAUGCCACAAAAGAGAAGGGACAAGCAAUGUGUAUGAACAAGCAUUUAUUAGAAAAAUCACUCUGUGUCAGAGGAAACAUGACAAAAGACUUCUCCCCCCAAAGAUUCCUCUGUUACAAACGCUUUUGUACCUUUAAUGACUGCUCAUACUGUAAAAAAUCUGUCUGCCCCAGAUGAAGACAGUGUAAAUAUUUCAACUCUGGUGAAAUAAAAAAAAUGACGACA